AUGCAUGGACACUGGGGAGUCAAGUUCCCAGGAAGCAGCAGCGGUUCACCCACGGAGGACUGCGAGCUUUUGACUGCGACAUUUUUGAGCUCGCAGCACUUCUCCCCUCGAAUGUCGCUGAAGACGGACGCUCUGCCGCAGGUGAGUGGGGAGGAAUGACACACAUCACAUAUACACGCAGGAAGAAAGACGGGAAGAAAGAUGGAUACAGAUCUUGAUCUUCCCCACACGUGGGUGUGUGAUGCCCCUUGCAGCACUUCCCCCACUUCGCAGCCUGGUACGGCCAGACGCCGUCGUUUCUGUCAUGGGCGGACCCUUUAGCGCCGCUGCCUUCCUGCAUGGACGAGUGGCGGACGUGGUACUACGGCAUCGGGAGCGCUCUGCACGUUUGGCGCAUGAAGCAUGCCAACACUGACCUGCGGCAGGUGGUGGCUGAGUCGACCGAGCAGCUGAUGCUGUGCAUCAAGAUGAGAAACAUGUCGGCACACGAGCGGCCCAUGGCCAUGCGCGAGAGGCACGUCCUGCGGUUCCCGAAGGUCAACGACGUGUGGACCUACAGGCAGCCGCCCCCCAUGCCCGCACAAGUGCUCAUGUGA